AUGCAACCCCAGCACGAGUUGAAUCCCGCCGGAGACGGGUUUUCCGGCGUUAGUUCCGUCAAGAAUCCGGCCGAGAGAUCGACUGAGCUCUCUCGUUGGGUGGAGCACGUCACCAAGCAACUCAUAGAAGACUUGCCGGAAAACGAAAACCAUCUAACCGGAGCGUACGACGAGGGCGCCGCCGUUGCCGCCCUUCUCAGCGAGCUCAGGCCGAGAAAAAUCCCGAGAAACAGCCCCAACGACACGCCGGGAUCCCACCACCACUGGAGUACCACCACUAAUAAUCUCGACGAAUUCCAAAAUGCCAAAAGACCACCAGCAACCACCACCAAACCACCAGACGCCGCCGCCGCCGCCAACGACGAACCGGCCGGCCUGAACCUCAUCACCCUCCUACUCGAAUGUGCUGUCGCCGUAUCAGUCGACAAUCUCGGCGAAGCCCGACGAAUGCUCCUCGAGCUGACGGAAAUCGCAUCCCCAUACAGCGCUUCAUGCGCGGAAAGAGUAGUCGCGUACUUCGCAAAAGCCAUGUCAAGCAGAGUCAUCAACUCCUGGAUAGGGGUCUCCGCCCCCCUCGUCCACAACACCACCGCCAUCUACUCCGCCUUCCAAAUCUACAACAACCUCUCCCCCUUCGUCAAGUUCUCCCACUUCACCUCCAAUCAAGCCAUUCUAGAAGCCUUCCACCGCCAGACACGUGUCCACAUCAUCGAUAUCGACAUCAUGCAGGGCCUCCAAUGGCCCGCCCUAUUCCACAUCCUAUCAACCCGACCCGAAGGCCCGCCCCACGUCCGCAUGACCGCUUUCGGACCCGACCCGGAUCUCCUCUCCGAAACGGGUCGUCAACUAUCCGUUUUCGCGAAACGGGUCGGGAUCCGCUUCGACUUCCGGCCUAUAAACAAAAAAUGCGGCGAAAUCGAAGACAUACCGACGUAUUCGAACGAAACAGUCGCGGUCCACUGGAUGCAGCACUCGUUGUACGAUGCAGCGGGCCCCGACAGGAGGCUGAUGGGCCUCCUGCACAGGGUGCGGCCCAGGGUGGUCACGUUGGUGGAGCAGGAGAUAGCGCAUGGCGGCUCGUUUCUAGAUAGGUUUGUGGUGUCGCUCCACUACUACUCAACCAUGUUCGACUCGAUCGGGUCUUUUUCGCCCGUGGACGAUCCGGGUCGGUACCGGGUCGAGCAGUGCCUCAUGCAUAGGGAGAUUAAUAAUGUGCUGGCGGUCGGCGGGCCCGCCCGGAGCGGGGAGGAUAAGUAUAGGCAUUGGAGGAGUGAGCUUUCGAGGAAUGGAUUUUCGCAGAUUCCGAUGAGCUCGAAUUCGAUGGCGCAGGCGCAGUUGAUUGUGAAUAUGUUUCCUAAUAAUUAUGGUAAUAAUAAUAAUAAUUAUGGAAAUGGAUAUAGUUUGGUGCAGGGAGAUGGAAUACUUAGGCUGGGGUGGAAGGAUACUAGCUUGUACACUGCUUCUGCUUGGACUUCACCUAAUUCUUUUAAAUCAUAGAAUAUAUAUUUAAUUAGAGUGUAACCGUAUAUAUAUCAAUAUCAAUAUCAAUAUUAUGAUUAAUAGUGAUAUUAAUACUCAUAUUAUACGCUGUAAUGUUAAGAGUUACGAAUAGAGGUGGCAUCGACAUUUGAUUUUUGUAAUAUUUAUAUGUUGUAAUU